AUGCGUUCAUACAUCCCCCUCACGGCCCUCCUCGCCGUCCUCCCCCAAGCCCUAGCCCACUGGAACUACGCCUCCCUCAUCGUCAACGGCGAAGAAACAGAAGACUACCAAUAUGUCCGCAGCACCAAGAACAGCAACAGCCCCGUCACCGACGUGACCUCGGACGACAUCAUCUGCAACGUCGGCGGCAUUGACGCAGACGUCAUGAGCGCCACAGAGACACACAAGGUCGCGCCCGGCGACGAAGUCGGCUUCGUCCUCCGCGACAACUUCGGACACCCCGGCCCCCAGCAGGUCUACAUGAGCAAAGCGCCCGGUGCCGCAAAGGAGUACAAGGGCGGCGGCGACUGGUUCAAGGUGUACUCGCUCACGACGUCGAGUAUCUCGGAGGACGAGGGUGCGAAGUGGGCUGCCUUUGACGAUGGCGGUUCGGGGAUCACGAACUUCACCUUUGCGCUGCCAGACGAUCUGGAGGCUGGCGAGUAUCUUCUGCGUGCGGAGGGCAUUGGGCUUCAUGGCGCUGGGGAGAAGGGCGGUGCGCAGUUCUAUAUCGGCUGUGCGCAGCUCGAGGUUACGGGUAGUGGAUCGGGGAGCCCGGCGCCAACGGUCAAGUUCCCUGGUGCUUAUACGGGUGAAGAGCCGGGCAUUUUGAUUGGCAUUUAUUAUCCUCCGGUGACCAACUAUACGGCGCCUGGGCCUGCGGUUUGGCCUGGCGAGUGUGAGGACCACACGGCGAACUUGGCGGGUGGAGAGAGUGAUGGGGAUUGCACGGCUUCGGAGGGUGCUUCGUCGAGCUAA